AUGAUUCGAGGUCUUCCCAAUGACGUCCAAGAUGUGCUCAAGAUAGCCUCGUGCUUUGGCGCCGAGUUUCAUUCUGCCGUUUUGGAAGACUUGGUUGACUUUGAUGCGACUUCUGCGUUGAAGAUUGCCGAAAAGCGAGAGCUCAUUGUCACCAGUGAAGGGAGAAAAGCCAACUGCGAGGACGACGACGUCAGAGCAACAAAUGGAGGUUCCUUCAUGAUCAGAUCCAGCAAAGUGCCUAUUCUCUCAUCCCAGUUGAGCAGCGAGAAGCGGCUCAUCUGGGAAUUGGCCUUCCGUUUAGGGGCUCCUCUAAUCACGGACGAAGCUGAAAGGUAUCGCAUGGCAGAACUGCUCUUGCGAGCUGGGGCUCAUGCCUCUAGGGCUGCUGCAUUUGAUGAAGCAGCCUCUCAUUUCGAUCUAGGCAUCCAGUUGUUGACAGGUCGACGUUACUGGAGGGACGAAUACCAUCUUAGCUUGGCCCUUCACAACCGGGCCGCCGAAGUGGCAUAUUGCAAUGGUGAUCACGAGAAGGUGGAAGCACUGACAUCCGAAGUUAUCGCCAAUGCCAGACGGAACGGAGACAAGCUGGAUGCGUACAGCUCCCAAAUGAACUCGCUAGCUGCCACCAACGACACCAAGGCCGCAUUUGAACUGUCGCUUCGAGUGCUGGCCGAGUGUGGAUACUACAGUCCGAAGAGGCCGGAUCGAUUCAAUAUUGGCAUUGGACUGUUCAAGAUUAAACGCCAACUCAAGCUUUAUACCAACGAUGACAUCAAGAAAGCCAAAGGUUGUAGACAAGGAGGUACUCGACGUGAUGAAGAUCAUCAAUCUCGCCAUAUAUUCUCCUUGUAUUGUGCUCCCUCCUGUUGCCCAUCUAUCACCAUGUUGGGUGUACAGCUAUCUCUCGAAAAGGGUCUCUGCGGUGCGUCUUGUGUCCCAUUUGCGUCUUUGGCCAGCUUGCUCUGCAUGUACGAUCGAGAUGUCGAGAUGGGCUUUCGUUUUGCUCAGCUGAGUUUGGACAUUGUCGUCAGCACCAAGGCAUUCAAUUGGCAAGCCAGAGUGUUUGCUUUUGUCCAUGGAAACGUCCUGGCAAUAAAAGGACCCAUUGUGGAACGAUUCGCUCCACUGAUGCAAGCGCACCGAUAA